AUGCGUUUCGAAGCAUUCCUCGCCGCCGCCGCCACUGUGGCCCUUUCGCCAUCACUCGUUUUUGCGACUGAACCGGGGCAGUCACCCCCGGGCAGGAUGCGUGAAGGGUCCGCCUGGUUUCCGGGCGACCCCACGUACGACUGCGGCAUCUCGAUCUUCCGUCCCCCCAAGCCGGGCAGCCGCUCUAGAAAUGGUGCACUUGCCGAAGUGAUCUAUGUCAAUCGGGGCGAAACGUUCAAGAUCAUCGAAGGCAGAUAUACCUGCUCGGUCGAGCAGAAUUGCGAAAGGCCAGACUGCAACCUGCCUCGGACGUGGAAUUACCGCGGUCAGUGGGGAGUGGCUCGCCCCGCGAGGAAGAAUACUUACUUCGACGAGAAUGGGGUCCAAAAGUUCAAUACUCUGGCUUCGGAGAGUCAUAAGCGUCUACGACUGCAGGGUUGCAAUCUGGCAGCCCCCAAUGGACUCGAGGACAACGGUGGAAACUCUCGCCGAAGCUACCCAUUUUAA